GCCGGGGCGUGUGGCUUGUGUUCCCAAGAGUGCCAACGCACGUCCUAGAUGGGUCGCCGGUCGGCGGGGUAUGUGCAAGUCCGUCAACCCUCCGUUUGUGCUACCGUUGACGAUCUUCUGCAGGAUCCUGUGGGUCUGGACGACUCGACCGUCUGUGCGCCGACGAGAUGGUCAACUCGUCUGUCAAUGGACAGCCUUGGUGUCAGUCGCCAUGCGGGCAUUCUUGGCCUCUCAUCGACAUUGUGGGCGCUCGUCAGAAGGGCAGAUGGUACACAGCCCUCUUCGGUGAGCGAGACGCGCCGGAUGCGCCUCACACCGCAUUGCGAACAUCGACUGUGGCCCAGACCUCAUGCAUCAGAACACGAACGAAACCCUGCCUCGAGAGUAGGAAA